GAUAAGCUUUUAUUUGUUCUUUUUCUUGUUUUGUUUCCAACACAAUGCAAGUGACCUCUGAAUUUUGUCCUUCCAUGACGGGUAUUUUCUGAGUCUAAAUCUCUCUAAUUUUGUUCUUUUUCCAUUUUCUAGCUAUGGCAGCUCUCACUUCUUUGUCAUUCUCAACCUUAACUCAAUGCUCAAAGAGAAAAUCAACUAUGACAUCCACUCUUGGAAUUCGGACACAUUUCUCUUACCAUCAUAAUUAUGUUGGUGUUCGACCUUUCAAUUCUACAUCUAAAAUGGUUAUUCAAUGCAUGUCUUCUGUCACAGAUAUUCCCAGUGUCUCUGAGACAAAGUUAAGUUUCCUAAAGGCAUAUAAACGACCAAUCCCUAGUAUCUAUAACAAUGUGCUGCAGGAGCUCAUUGUCCAGCAUCAUUUAAUGAGAUACAAGACAUCAUACCGUUAUGAUCCUGUAUUUGCUCUUGGUUUUGUCACAAUUUAUGACAAACUCAUGGAAGGUUAUCCUAGUGAUGAGGACAGAGAUGCCAUCUUCAAAGCUUAUAUUAAUGCAUUGAAGGAAGAUCCACAACAAUACAGAAUUGAUGCACAGAAGUUGGAAGAGUGGGCUCGGGCUCAAAACUCAACUUCCUUGGUUGAGUUUUCAUCCAAAGAAGGAGAAGUUGAAGGGAUAUUAAAGGAUGUUGCAGAAAGAGCAGGAGGAAAAGGUGAAUUCAGUUACAGUCGGUUCUUUGCGGUCGGCCUUUUUCGCCUUCUUGAGUUGGCAAAUGCAACAGAACCAACAAUUUUAGACAAGCUUUGUGCCGUUUUGAACGUCAACAAAAGAAGCGUAGAUCGGGACUUGGAUGUGUAUCGGAUGCUGCUUUCCAAGCUGGUUCAAGCAAAAGAGUUGCUAAGGGAAUAUAUUGACAGGGAGAAGAAGAAAAGAGAAGAAAGGGCUGAACCACAGAACGCUAAUGGGGCAAUUGCAAAAUGUUUGGGGCAACAAUUGUCUGUUCUGUAGCUAUGGUCUUUUGAAACGAUCUCAUACUGAAGAUUUCAUAUCCUUGACAUGCUUUUUCUCAAUCCAAUGAGUAGGAUAAGCAAGAAUCCGCAUUUACACUGUUAUAUUCUGUCAUGGUUAUCCACCUGUUCCGCUAAAACCACAACUAAUUCACCCAUCCAACAAGCGUGUAUGUUUUUUCUUUUUUACCUCACAAUCACAAAUGUAUUUUGCAGUUCUCAAAAGCAAGCCUGAAGGCAUACAUUCUGAUUAAAUAAUUUUUUUUCUUCUAUAUUUCACUGUGUAAACUCAUUUUGACAUCAAUGGGCCUUAUGUCUGGGGUAUUCACUUCAUCAUAGCCA